UUUUUCUCUCCGAAGGAUCCGCCGUCAUGCCUGAUCCGUCCAAAUCAGCUCCUGCACCCAAGAAGGGUUCCAAAAAAGCUGUUACUAAAGCGCAGAAGAAGGAUGGCAAAAAGCGUAAACGCAGCCGCAAAGAGAGUUAUUCCAUCUACGUGUAUAAGGUGUUGAAGCAAGUGCACCCGGACACCGGUAUCUCUUCCAAGGCUAUGGGCAUCAUGAACUCGUUCGUGAACGACAUCUUCGAGCGUAUCGCUAGCGAGGCCUCCCGUUUGGCGCACUACAACAAGCGUUCUACCAUCACGUCCCGGGAGGUGCAGACGGCUGUGCGCCUGCUGUUGCCCGGCGAGUUGGCCAAACACGCUGUCUCGGAAGGUACCAAAGCCGUCACCAAAUAUACCAGCUCUAAAUGAGGUGCACCUCGGUUCCCGGAAACCCAAAGGCUCUUUUCAGAGCCACUCACAAGAUCGAGAAAGGGUGUCGAACACGUGAAGGGUUUGUUAUGUAAAAGCAUCCCUUAUCUACUUCAUAGCGGCUCUUAGGUUACUAGGAGGGCGCCCGGAUUCUUACCCCUACCCGCAUCCCACCCCCUGCCCCAUAGAUGUGUGCGCGUGUGUGUAUGUGAACAAAAUGUGAAAGCGUACCUGUAUUUUAUCAGUGGUCGGGGAUGGGCUGGCGAGGAAAAAUAACAGUGCGGGAAAAACGAAAAGGCUGCGUGUCCACAUCUGCUUCCGCUCAAAGCUAUCGACGUUUUUCUAAGCAAAAUAGGAACCUUGAGUUAAGUGUU